AUGAUACGUAUAGUUGAAUGGGCUUUGAUGUUGCCAUCAUUCAAUGAAAUUUUGGUGGAAGAUCAAGCUCGAUUGAUAAGAUUUGGAUGGCAUGAAGUGAUCCUUGCGGAUAUAGCUUAUCGUUCCACAAUAAAUAAAUUAUUAUUAUGGCCGGAACGUGUAAUGGAACGGAAUGAUGCGGAAAUUCUGGGUUGCCGGAUUAUUUUUGAUCGUAUUAUUAAUGAGCUUACAAUUCGAUUGAAAGAUUUAGAUGUUGAUCGAAUGGAAAUUGCUGCCUUGCGAUGUGCUAUUCUUUAUAAUCCAAGUGUUAGCGGAUUACGGAAUGUCUCAGUAGUGGAAUCAUUACGUGAUAAAGUGAUGGUAUGCUUGGAGGAUUACUGUCGACAACAUCAUCCGGAACAAACUCAACGCUUUGCCAAAUUGUUGUUACGUAUGCCAGCGUUACGAUCUCUUAGCUUGCAUUGCGCUGAAAAUGAUGGUUUUAUUAUUACUGCACCUACUAUUCAGGAUCUUAUUCGAGUGUUAAUUCAACGCCAAAAUUUAUCCAUACAAAGAAAUCUGUGA